AGAUACUGUAUGUGUGUCUCGGUGUGUGCAUAUAUACCUAUUACAGUUUUUGAAUGGUAGUGUAUGUGUUGAUUCAGUUUGUAUUUUAUAUCUUCUAAGAACUUAGUCUCCAAACUUUUUCGUAUAUGUUAAGAUUUAGUCUCAAAGCUUUGUAAACAUUUAAAUCUUAUGAAUUUUGUUUUUAACCCUGAAGAAUGAUAGUCGAUUAAGAACCAAAUAAAGUAUGUCAACAUGGGUUUUUCUUUUUCUCUGGAAAAACUUAAAUUGCUACACAACAUAUCCUGAUGUCAAGGACUUGGCGUCAGGAGAGUGACCCACAAAUACCAAUCCAUUUUAGCGCGCGGCAUAGCCUUUUUCCCUCACAAGGCUUUGGCGACGGUAGUCAAACAUCAUAUAAAUUUCUUGAUUAGGCAAUGUAAAAGUAGAAAGUUGAGAACAGAUCAUAUAAAGCAGUUGUUAUUUUACGACGAAAAUGUUGGAUAUAACUUGAAAUUUAGAAUGAAAAUGGCACAACGUGAGGAGAGGUUGGUUGGACUUGUUAAACUCCUAAAAAUAUGUGGAUACGAAAGACGACGUGUCAGCCCAAACGUGGGAUUGUUAGUUUAAAUUUCCCUAUUCUUACUCUAACGUGGCCUUCCAAAAAUUCAGUAACAAACCUUUUAUAUAUUGUCGAUCUCAAUAUCUCAAUCAUUCAAACCUCCCCAUUUCGUAAUUGAACUUCUGAAAUCCCACAAAAGAAAAUGGGUUUAUUCAGAACCUCUCUCGCAAAUAAGAUGUGGAAAUCAAUGCUUGUCGAAACUAGGAUCCAAGGGAACCGUCGUUUUUCUUCAUCCACUACAACCCCAUCUGCCAAUAAUAUUCAGAAUGCUUCUUCUCCUUCUUCUUCUUCCAAUGGCGGUUCCGGUGGGAGUGAGUACAUGAAAGGCGAGUACGCCCCAAUCUACAUUGUGAUGGGGAUGGUGGCAGUGGUCGUGUCUAUCGCAACCCACACGGCGAAGCAACAACUGCUGCAUUCGCCGAUGGUUAACUGUAGCAAGAAGAAGAGGGAGAGCAUUCCGGAGGUGGAGGACCCCGACACCGUCAUCACUUCAGCUGACAAAUUUAUUAACAAAUCCUUUCUUAGGAAGGUUGCUCACAUUCAGAGUGACACGAAGACGCUAUCCGAUCCAGUUCAUCCCGACCCAUUUACCCGGCCACGUAAUGCUGAAACUCUGAAAACUGCUGGAAUUGACCCUACCCGCCGUUGAACAACUAUGAAAAAUACUUACAAUGCACUAUCAUUGUUCUUAAUUAUGUUAGUGAUAUGUGUAUUGUUGUGUGUGUAUAUUUAUUUAAAGCUCUUCUCUACUUCAUUCUGCUUUUCUCUUCACUUUUUUUUGUAUUGACUGUCAAGUUUCUUCAAAAGUAGAAGUACUAAGCUACUGCUAGGGGAAUGUGGCUGUUAUAUAAUUUGUUCUGUUAGUUUUCUUUUCCGGACAAUAAAGCCAAUUUAAUUGGAAUACCCUAAAUCUUGGUUUUGGGAUUAUUCUUAUCA